GGGUAAAGGGAUGACACUAUCCACUCCGAGGCCAAACUAGCCCUAUAUUUGCCUUCUGGUCGGCAUCGUACGCGUGUAUCCCUCUUGGAGUACAUGAAAAAUGCGCAGCAGGUUAAGCAUGCUCAAAACCUCUCCAGUUCUGUCCUCCACCAAACUCGUUCUCUUCGAUUCAGCCACUGUUCCCAAAUCUCUUUUCACGGCCACCCAUUUGAGGUCGCUACCAUUGGAGCUCACAUCUCGCUCCAUCUCGAUCUCGGUCUCUCCGUUUGUUCGGCCUUCGUCCUUGGUCUGUAAACGUAGCUUUCGUGGCGGUCGGAUUGUGGCCAUGUCGGCUCCUGGGUCUGUUCAGAAGACAGAUGAAGAGUGGCGUGCAGUCUUGUCGCCUCAGCAGUUCAGAAUUCUGAGGCAGAAAGGCACCGAGUAUCCUGGGACAGGACAGUACGACAAGUUUUUCGAAGAGGGCGUCUACAGUUGUGCAGGAUGCGGGACUCCUCUUUACAAGUCAACAACCAAAUUCAAUUCUGGCUGCGGCUGGCCUGCCUUCUAUGAGGGCCUUCCUGGAGCCAUAAACCGUAAUGCUGACCCAGACGGCAUGAGAGUUGAGAUCACUUGUGCAGCUUGUGGAGGCCAUUUGGGUCAUGUGUUUAAAGGGGAAGGGUUCAAGACACCCACGGAUGAACGCCAUUGUGUUAACAGCAUAUCGCUCAAGUUCUCUCCAGCCAACUCUUCCAUGUGAAUAAUGGAAACCUAUCCCUUGAUAUCUCCCUCUUUCUUCCUAUAUAUAUAUACAUAAAGACAUGCUCACUGUGUAUUUGAUGGAGACUGGCCAGUGGCUUGCGUAAAUCGAAUGAUAACGUCUUAUGAAUGUCCAAUUGUGGCCCCAAGGCCAAAGCUGAAUAAAGUCACUUAUUAUUUAUUGAAGUGCUUUGAGUUUUCCCCACUUCUUCUGGUGGGUGUUUCAGAGGCUUGGGCAUUGCCCGCCUCUUGAAGGUAGUUGAGAUACAAUAUCAUCGCGUUCUCGGUGUAUAUUAAUUAAUAUAUAUAAAGCUUAAGC